AUGGUAAGCUUAAGAAGACGCAGACUUUUGGGACUAUGCUCAGGAAACAAUUCAUCUGUAACUCCACUUCCUCUAUACUGUGAGAAUCUAGCUCACUAUGAAAAUCCAAGACCGAAUGCUAAUCCUAUCAGCGAACAAUUUGUGGUUUCGGAUAUUGCAAGCGUUCUGGACAGUGUAGGAACACAGGAUACCAUUGUGAAAGAUGAAUCAGGAUCAUCAAACGUAUCCGGUUCUAGCCUGUCUAAAGAACGGCCUAGUCAACAACAAAGCAUAGGGCUACCUGUUAAGCAUAGAAAGCAGCAUUCAAGAAAACCAAGAGAGAAUCAAGAAAAAUGCUUAAUGAGAGGAGUAUAUUUUAAAAAUAACAAGUGGCAGGCAGCCAUUAAAGUGGACAAGAAACAGAUUCACCUAGGAACCGUUGCGUCGCAGCGAGAAGCUGCUCGCUUGUACGACAGGGCCGCUUUCAUGUGUGGGAGGGAGCCCAAUUUUGAGCUUUCCGACGAAGAAAAACUUGAAUUAAGUCAGUUCAAAUGGGAAGAAUUCUUGGCCGAGACACGACAAACAAUAAACUGCAAAAAACACAAGAGAAGUCUCAGUUCAAGACUACUCACUGGAGUCGACAAACCUUCAUCGCAUAGAGGUGAUUGUGACGAUAAGCAAGUAGUGACUGACUUCUGUGUCAGCGAUGAAGCGAAGCAAGAAUUAGUUGCUCCAAAAAAUUUAUGA